AUGGCCGCACAUGAUGAUUUUGCAGCAGCUAAAUACCAAGCCCCUGUUGCAAUAUACUGUGGGAGCAUCCCCAAAGUGAAGCCCGGAUGCAGAGCCCUGAGAGGGGGGAGCCUCGAUUCUACUUUGACGUUCCAUGGGACUGGAUGGGUGACGGCAGAUGAUGCUUCUCUUCAUUCAAUUUUAAAGAACCAAGCAUGUCUGUGGGGAGGCAAAGGAGAGCCUCCAUAUAUUUCCCCUUUGGAGAGCUGGGACAGCAGAAGCCUUCCAAAGACGAAUACAGACAGGGCAACUAUGGGUGACUCUUCACAGCUGCCUGGAGUGCAGCCCAAGCAGGACUCUGGUCAGCUGGAGGCAAGCAGUGCAGCCAUGGAGACUGCACAGAUCAAAGACAAGCUCAAGAAGAGAAGAACGUCCGAUGGCAUACUCACAACAAAUAAAGGCUUGCUAGAAUCUGCUGGUCCCAAGGGACUUGCCCUCAAGCCAGCCCUUUCUAGAUCUGCCUCUCAAAGACUGCUGAUCUCUUCCAAGCCCAUGCCACCUAUUCAGAGCAUCCCCGCUUCCCCAGAGACCGUCGGAGCCCACAGAGGAGAACAGCAAUUGCUGGAAAAUGGCACAGACUCCCUGGGAAUUGGAGGCAAUUGCCCAGCAUCGUCCACAGCCGCCCAACAGGUCCCACGUGGGAAUGAUGAGAAUCUGAGGAGGUCUUUAGGGGCAGCUUUGAUCCCACCCAUCCCAAAGUCAAUGAAAGCACAGGAAGAAAAUUCUCAGGAUUUACAGGAAAGCUCACUGCAGUUAGACCCUGCUCCUUUAGCUGCAGAGGAGGCUUCCAAAGCAAGUCCAAGCGAGGAAGAAGGCCAGCUAUCAAAUCCUCACCUUUUCAAAGAUGAUGAGCUGACGGAGAGCAAUGGAAGGAUCUAUGUGACCAUAUCCAAGUCAGCUCAGGAGAAAAUGCGCCAAAAGCAGCUAAAGGAGUUAGAACUUUUGCGUAAAGAAAGAGAAAAGGAGAAAGAGAGAGAAAAGGAGAGAUCAAUGAAGUUUCAAGAACAAUUGCAGAAUGGCGGAACAGCCCUGGAAGGUUCUGGCCCAGUUAUCCACAAUGGGGCCACACUCAGCCUGAGCAAAUCUUGCAGAGCUCCCGUUGGAAUAGCCUUAAAGAAGCGGGUGAACAGGCCAUCCCUGCCCAACAUCCCUGUCAUAAACCAUGACAGUAGCUUCCUAAGGCAUGCUUCAGCAAACUCUCUGCCAGCAAACCUGCAGGAUUCUCCAGAAUGGGAGGAAGACCUUGUCAACAGAGAUGCCUUAGAGAUAAGACCCUUGUCUCACCCAGAGCAGGGGCUGAAUGAUGCUCUGAAGUGGCUCAGCAGCAAUGAUUGGCAUUUGAAGGAAAAAGGACUCUUCAGCAUCAGAUGCUUGGCUACCUGCCAUUCAGAAGUUAUCCAGUGUAGACUUCAUGAUGUUUCCUUGGCAGCUACAAAAGAGGUUAACAACCUGCGCUCAAAAGUAUCUCGGUUUGCUAUUGAGACACUGGCUGAGCUCUUCAAGGCCAUGAAGAAGCACAUGGAUCAAGAAGUUGAGGAGAUAUCUCGGGUACUUCUGCAGAAGGCAGGAGAUUCUAGUGACUUCAUCCAGAAAGCAGCUGACCAAUCCUUAGGCAUCAUGGCACGGAGUGUAAUGCCUUCCAGAACAAUGGCAGCCCUCAUGGCCAAUGGAGUGAACCACCGCAAUGCCCUCAUUCGGAAAUGUGCUGCUGAACACUUGCUGACCGUUGUGGAGCAGAUCGGGGCUGAAAAACUGCUUUCGGGCAACCGGGAGAGCACAGAGCUGCUGGUGCAGACACUGGUCAAGCUUGCUCAGGACUGCAAUCAAGACACACGAUUUUAUGGCCGGAAGAUGCUGAACAUACUUAUGUCCCAUUCAAAAUUUGAUGGGUACUUGAAGCAGUGUCUACCGUCACGUGACUUGCAUGAUGUGAUGGCUGCAAUCAGGCAAAAAGGGACAGAGGACCAGAUAUCCCAAGCUCCUUCUGCCAAAAGCCAUAGAGGAUCAAAGAACAGCAGCUUGACAACUUCCCCGGGCAGUCUGCCUUCAGAGGAAGGGUCCAGCUGUGAUUCCCUCGUUCUGCCACAGCCCAUGAUGCGUCGCUCAUCCCUUCGCAGCCUUGAAGUGAUGGAGCAGCUCAAGGAGCUGAACAAGCUGCUGAUGGCCAAGGAAUUCCAGAUACGAAUGCAGGGAAUAACAUUGCUGACAGAGCACUGCAAGAACAACCCUCAGCUUGUCUCUUCAAAUAUCAUCCAGAUCUUUGACGCUUUUGCCCUGAGACUUCAGGACUCCAACAAGAAGGUGAACCAAUAUGCAUUAGAAUCAGUUGCCUCCAUGAUUCCCAUUCUUAAAGAUGGCUUAAAUCCAGUCCUGGUCUCCAUGGUGACUGUAGUCACAGACAACUUAAACUCAAAGAAUUCUGGGAUUUAUAAUGCAGCAGUGAAGGUGCUAGACACAAUGAUCCUUCAUCUAGAUAAUCUUCUGCUGCUUCAAACUUUUGCCAGCAGGGUGCGUUUUAUCAGUGGCCGAGCUUUGCAGGAUAUCACCGACAGACUGUCAGUUCUGGUGGCUGUUGCCUAUCCACGGAAACCCCAGGUCACGGAACGUCACGUCCUUCCUGUUCUCUGGUAUUUCCUGAGCAACAUGAUUGGCAAUGGAGUGUUGCCUGGAAAGAGUGGGAAUGUGAGAACUGUGGUUUCUAAACUUGCCAAGAGCCUUCAUGAGCAAAUGGGAGCAAAACUUGAGGAAUAUGUAUCCAGCCAAUCACAACACAUGAGCAAAAACUUCCGGGAUCUUCUAGAUAUGGAACUUCAGUGAAGGGAGCCCCAUAAUGUUUCUGGGACAAUUUACAGUGUGCUUCUUCGAAAGGACAGAAGUGAAGUGGCAGACAAUGACACAGACUUUGCCCUUAUUUAUGUCAAUUUUUAAACUGUAAUAAUCAGUCGUGGAAAGCAUAUAGUUAUAAUCCAGUAUGGAAAAUGUAUAUAAUAUAUUUUGCUGUAGAGUUAAAUUACUUAUUUUUCUAAUGCUUAAUUUCCUCAACUUUUGACCUACAGAG